GGGUAUCUGCAUGAGCACAAACAACGACGAUGUCGAGCAGAAGAAGCGCAGCCAGGCCAUCGACCGCAAGCUUGAGGAGGACUCGCGCAGGCUACGGCGAGAAUGCAAGAUCCUACUGCUGGGUUCCGGAGAGAGUGGCAAGUCGACCAUAGUCAAGCAAAUGAAGAUAAUACAUCAAAAUGGCUACACGCAGGAGGAGCUGGCCAUGUACCGCCUGACCAUCUACAAGAACGUCAUCGACUGCGCAAAAGCCCUCAUUGGCGCCAUGCGACAAUUCGACAUUGUCUGCGAAAUUCCCGACAAUGCCGACUUGUGCGACUAUCUAGCCAACUACACCGUCGACCCCGACCCCGAAAAGCCCCUCGACGUGAGGGUGGGCCAGGCCAUUACGUCCAUGUGGCGCGAUCCUUGCAUACCAAAAGUCCUGGAGCACUCGAGCGAAUUCUACCUGAUGGAUUCGGCGCCCUACUUCUUCGACGAGGUGGAACGGAUAUCUGACCCAAACUACGUUCCCAUCGAGUCCGACGUCCUACGAGCGCGCACCAAGACGACGGGUAUUUACGAAACACGAUUUACAAUGGGCCAGCUCAGCAUCCACAUGUUCGAUGUCGGAGGCCAACGAAGCGAACGCAAGAAAUGGAUUCAUUGUUUCGAAAACGUCACAUCCAUCAUCUUCUGCGUAGCCUUGAGCGAAUACGACCAAGUCCUGUUAGAGGAAAGCUCCCAAAAUCGCAUGAUGGAGAGCUUGGUACUUUUUGACUCGGUUGUCAACAGUCGGUGGUUUAUGAGAACGAGCAUCAUCCUCUUCCUCAACAAGGUCGAUUUAUUCAAGGCUAAACUGGCCCGCUCACCGCUCGGCAACUAUUUUCCCGAUUACUCUGGCGGAAACGACGUCAACCGCGCCGCAAAAUAUCUACUCUGGAGGUUUAACCAGGUGAACCGCGCACACCUGAACCUCUAUCCUCACCUUACGCAAGCCACCGACACUUCAAAUAUCCGACUCGUCUUCGCCGCCGUCAAGGAAACAAUACUACAAAACGCGCUCAAAGACUCGGGCAUACUAUGAUUGUCACACAGCAUUACCCCCCUCGAUCCUCGCCUGCGAGGCGUACGGCCUAUGAGUGCUCCGUCUUCCAUUUCCACACACCCGUUCCUCCGUCUACAUUUACAUAAUAAACGAGCCCUUUACGAUCAUUACACCCGAUCGUGUUACUCAUGAUGCACACUUGCGGCCACGAAUUGGGAUUUGGGAGAUAUCAUUGCCUCUAGCUAUUGACACAUAGAGAGCGCAGCAUUGGUGUUUUUGGCGUUGAAAGAUUCCCUGGGCCUUUGUCCUUUGUUUUAUCUGGGAUGCGAAAUGGGUUCAUCACAAACCAUCUCUUUGGGAGCAGGGCUGUUUGUGUCUCUUUUUUUUUCUCUCUCUCUGUUGUCCUUUUUUUUGCUCCUGUUUUCUUGCCUAGUCGACAUUACCUCAACCACCCAUCAUCCUGAUUUCUUUCCACUGUUAGCCUCAAUGGAUUGAGAAGAAAAAGUUGAAUGGACAUAUCCA